AGAGCUUCGCAGAGAGAACGCAAGUAUUUUGGCCCAGUUCGCUUGCUAUUACGGCGGAACGUGGCGCGGAGCAUUGUGGGUGUGGGUGCCAUGCGAGGCUGGGAGAAGGAUUCCGGACGGUGAGUUGGGCAGAGCUCGAGUGGAAGGGCUCUCGAAGUAUUUGGUUUCUUCAAGCACUUGUUCAGUAAAACGUUUAAAAAUGUCAUCCAAACAAGAAAUAAUGAGUGAUCAACGGUUUAGACGGGUUGCAAAGGACCCAAGAUUUUGGGAAAUGCCAGAAAAGGAUCGAAAAGUCAAAAUUGACAAGAGAUUUCGGGCCAUGUUUCAUGAUAAAAAGUUCAAGUUGAGCUAUGCUGUGGAUAAAAGAGGGCGACCCAUCAACCAUAGUACUACAGAGGAUUUGAAACGUUUUUAUGAACUUUCAGAUUCUGAUUCCGAUCUCUCUGAUGAAGAUAGCAAAACACUGGAUCAAAAGAAAAUAAAGAAGAGAAAACUCCAGACUAAAAAAGAAAAAGAUUCCAAAAAUCCGGUUGAGGAGAAAAAGAAAUUAACCAAGGAAGUUAAUCAAAAGAAUUCUGAAAAUAAAAAUGAUUUAGAUAAUUCUGAAAGAAUUCAGAAGGUGAAAAAUUCAUGUAAAUCUAAGAUAGAUUCAAACAUAAGUCUGAAGAAAGAGAGCAAAGAAUGUAUACAGAAAAGAACAAAAGAGAAAAAUGUUGUUCAACAUAGAACGGACUCUUUUCCCAAAGAAAAACUAAGGACAUUAGAUUCAGGCCCCUCUGAAGUUGUGAACUCUCCCAAGAUCAAGUGUUCUAACACAAGAAGAGAAAUACAGUCAGUGGUUCCACUCAUAAUGGCAAGAGAUAGUGAUGGUUAUGAAAACUCAACAGAUGGUAAAAUGCUGGACAAAGAUGCUCUGGAAGAAGAUUCAGAAAGUGUUAGUGAAACAGGAAGUGAUGAGGAAUCAGAAAAUGAAAUUACAGAUGAUGGUAGUACUUCAGUUGAUGAUGGAAAUGAAGAUGAGGAAGAGGAUGAAGAUGAGGAUAGUGAGGAUGAUGAUGAAAGUGACAGUGGCCCUGAUCUUGCAAGGGGUAAAGGAAAUAUAGAAACUAGUUCUGAAGAUGAAGAUGAUAUGGUAGUUUUGCUUCCAGAAGAACCUGGUUUUGAGCAUGCUUGGAGAGAAUUAGAUAAAGAUGCUCCUCGGACCAAUGAGAUUACACAUCGAUUAGCAGUUUGCAACAUGGACUGGGAUAGAUUAAAGGCAAAAGAUUUGCUGGCUCUGUUCAAUUCAUUUAAACCUAAAGGAGGUGUUAUAUUUUCUGUAAAGAUAUAUCCUUCGGAGUUUGGAAAAGAGAGGAUGAAGGAGGAACAAGUUCAAGGACCAGUAGAGUUAUUAAGUAUUCCUGAAGAUGCACCUGAAAAGGAUUGGACCUCUCGAGAAAAACUGAGAGAUUAUCAAUUCAAACGACUGAAGUACUAUUAUGCAGUAGUAGACUGUGAUUCUCCUGAAACAGCCAGUAAAAUUUAUGAGGAUUGUGAUGGCCUGGAAUUUGAAAGUAGCUGUUCUUUCAUAGAUCUAAGGUUUAUACCAGAUGAUAUUACUUUUGAUGAUGAGCCCAAGGACAUAGCCUCAGAAGUGGAUUUAACAGCAUAUAAACCAAAAUAUUUCACAUCUGCUGCAAUGGGAACAUCGACGGUGGAGAUCACUUGGGAUGAAACUGAUCAUGAAAGAAUUACAAUACUCAACAGGAAGUUUAAAAAAGAAGAGCUUUUAGACAUGGAUUUUCAAGCCUACUUGGCUUCUUCUAGUGAAGAUGAGGAGGAGAUAGAAGAAGAACUGCAAGGUGAUGAUAGAGUCAAUGUAGAAGAAGAUGGGAAAACAAAGAAAAGUCAAAAGGAUGAUGAAGAACAAAUUGCUAAAUAUAGACAGCUCUUGCAGGUUAUUCAAGAAAAAGAAAAGAAAGGAAAAGAAAAUGAUAUGGAAAUGGAAAUUAAGUGGAUUCCAGGUCUUAAAGAAAGUGCAGAAGAGAUGGUCAAAAACAAAUUGGAAGGAAAAGAUAAACUGACCCCUUGGGAACAAUUUUUAGAGAAAAAGAAAGAGAAAAAAAGACUGAAAAAGAAACAGAAGGUUCUUGCUGAAGAUGCCAGUGAAGAUGAACUUCCCUCUGAUGUUGAUUUGAAUGACCCGUACUUUGCUGAAGAAGUUAAAAAAAUGGGUAUAAGGAAAAAAUCAGUAAAAUCUGCAAAAGAUAGCAUAUCUGCAGAGGAAGAAACUGAACUAGAAAGACAAAAGGCUGAAAUGGCUUUGCUCAUGAUGGAUGAGGAGGAGGACAGCAAGAAACACUUCAAUUACAACAAGAUUGUGGAGCACCAGAAUCUGAGCAAAAAGAAGAAAAAGCAGCUCAUGAAAAAGAAGGAAUUAUUAGAAGAUGACUUUGAGGUGAAUGUCAGUGAUGCUCGGUUUCAGGCAAUGUACACUUCCCACUUGUUCAAUUUGGAUCCCUCAGAUCCUAAUUUCAAGAAAACAAAAGCUAUGGAAAAAAUCCUUGAGGAGAAAGUCCGACAAAGAGAACAAAAGGAACAAGAACUUACUCAGGCAAUAAAAAGAAAAGAGAGUGAGAUUCAAAAGGAAUCACAAGGGAAAUCCAUUGAUCCUGCCUUGUCAAUGCUGAUUAAAUCUGUAAAACACAAAACGGAGCAGUUUCAAGCAAGAAAAAAACAAAAAGUCAAAUAACUGGAUAUUGUUUAUUUUUGGAUUGAGAAUAUGUUCUUCUAAAGUAUACAGAAAUCGUAGAAGGAAUAUUUAUUGGGAGCAAAACCACCUUUCUAGAAUAUGAUUAUGAUCUUAUUCUGAACAUAGUAAACUUUUUCUCUGUAAAUAGAUGAUGGUAUCUAUUGUGGAUGAUUGACAAACCUGUAUUGUAUAUACCUACAGAUUAAUCAUAAUUAGGCCAAAUUACCUGGAUUCUAGGAUUUACAAUUUUUUUUUACAUCCCAAAUGACUAUUAUUUAUUGAAGUAAAAUGAGCAUACAAGAAAAAUUUAAACAAGUCCCCUGCACAGAAUAACAUUUCUUAAAUAUAUAUGAAUUUCCUGGUUGAUUUAGAAUGGGAGAAUUAUAGACUUUUUAGAUUUAUAAAGGACUUAAAGAAAGCCUGGCCCCACUGUUUCAUUGUACAGGAGAGUAAACUGAGGACCAGAGAAGUUAAACAAAUUGCCCCAAGACAUACAAUAGUUUAAAGGGAGCAGAAGCUUAAGCCUAGCUAAAAUUUUUGUAUUGUAUGAAGUUCAGUUCCGACUGGUGGAAAAUUACUCUAGUGUUUUAAAAGACUGUUUAUAAUUCUGUGUAAAAAUAGAGCAGUGUCUAAAGUCUGUGUAAAGGUUAGCGAUAGUUUGAAAAUAUAUGUAUAUAAUACAUUAAUUUCUCUGGAAGCAGGUGGCAGAUUUAGAUGGCUAUUAAAAAUAAUUCAUUUUCCAGCCGGGCUCGGUGGCUCAGCCUGUAAUCCCACACCUUUGGGAGGCU